AUGGCAACAGAGCAAGCGAUUGGAAAAGUUACAUUCAAAAUCACACUGACAAGCGACCCAAAGCUACCAUUUAAGGUACUUAGCGUGCCAGAAUCAACACCUUUCACUGCAGUUUUGAAAUUUGCUGCAGAAGAAUUCAAAGUACCAGCUGCAACAAGUGCUAUCAUAACGAAUGAUGGAGUGGGUGUAAAUCCAGCACAGUCUGCUGGCAAUAUAUUUUUGAAACACGGAAGUGAACUAAGGUUAAUACCAAGAGAUCGGGUAGGAGUUACAUCUGAAAUAGUUGAAGUAUGUUUCGUUGAUAAUGUUAUUUUGGUUUUAUGGAUAAUUUUGUUACUCUGGUAUUCUAAAGUGGACCACAUUAUUUAA